AUCGCCCGCCCGUAGGAAAAAAUCAAGUUGUAAUUUUCUGACACAGGGUUUAGCAAUUGCAAGAAAAUAAGCUUAAUAAAGGCGUGCGUCUUGGAUGAGUGUUUCGACUAGUGAUUCUGGACGGCUGGUUUUACCUGCGGUUGUUAUACAGUACGCGGAUGGGACCAGCCAAAAUCUAAUCAUCGAGGUCGGUCCGGCCAACAGCAAUAACACAAACCAGGCUCAAGAAACAGCAGAGAGAUCUCCGGAGCGUACUCAAGAACCAAACCCUUUUGAUGCGGAUGCGGAGCAGCCUUCUGCACCAUCCGGUAUCCGCGGAGUUGACUAUCCAGCAUUCGACGUUUCCAACGAAGGGGUUUACCGUGAACACCAUAUAGCCAACAAUCUGCUGGAUAAUUUGAUAUCCCCUUUCUAUCGGUCUUUAGGCGGAAAUACCUCAGCAUCUCAGCAGGCCAAUAAUAUCUCGGUGCCGUUCUACAGAAACCUGACUCCAGCAUCAGAACCAUCCCGGAACAUAAUUCUUACUGUCAACUACAUUUAUGGCCAACCGAACCCUCUCCAGCCUAGUGAAAACAACAACAGUUUGUCGGGUUCUCUUAUUCUCCACGUGCCCAACAUCAAUGAAAGCGAUGACGAAAACCUACAAGUCUUGAUUCGACUAGCAACCACUAUAGCACUAAGGACCAUUGCGACGUCGGUUAAAAAAGCAUCAGGAAUUUCUGCAGAGCUAUUCGAUAAGUUAGAAGUUAAGCAAACUGCAGAUCUCAAGGAUAAGCAAUGUGCAAUUUGCUAUGACGAUUACGAGGACGAGAACCCCGAGAAUGUCAACCAGAUCGGCCAAAAACGCAAGCGAGCAGAAGAUGAAAUCGAUGAGAUGGGAGACCACCAACCAAAGAAGAUGCGCAAGAUGGCGAACGAAGUCAAAUCUCAGGGCGCAGCUGCAAACUUAGCCAAGACGGAAGUGGUUUACAAUCAUGUUCCUGUAGAGAUGCCGUGUGGCCAUAUUUUUGGCAGGAGUUGUCUUCGAGAAUGGCUGAAAACCAAUAAUAGCUGUCCGCUUUGCCGACACAGUAUGCGUCAUGGCAAUGAGUCGUCUGCUGGCAGAAACUCAGAUUCUGAAAAUGAAACUACUAUUAUUCUGCCUAACUUGGCCAGAGUGAUCAGCGAGACCCGGCCAUUGAUUGAGGGGUUCAACUCAAGACACCUCACUUUUGUCAUGCCCGACCAAGAUAGCGUAGAGCCUACGGGGGCGAUACCUGUUCCUCUUCCGACGCCUGUGGCAGCACAGGAGCCCUUUUCUUCUCGCUCAUCGCCUACAACCCAUACCAGUGUUCUCGGUCUGGUUAGGGGUCUGCUUCAGAACUUGAACGGCAGGCUACGCAACACGGUGCAGGUCAAUGAAGGUGAAUCGUCAAGCUUGAUCAAUCAAGACUCUUUACACCGAAUGCAUAUUAUCCGGACAAAUCAACCAGGCCCUCUUUUGAAUCAUUCAUCUUUUCUGACCAGAAGAAGACGGGUCGUCCAGCCACGCCGUGUUCUCAGGUCUACCGGACUGUCUUCACAACAGUUUGUAAACAGGGAUCCGCUUUUUCCUGUUGGUGUGGCCAGUCGUCGUACAAGCGACGGCGUGCGCACGUCCACUAUAUCUUCAAACUCCAACGAAGAUGAAGAUCCGCCUCAGCUCGCAUUACUGAUGGCUUUGUUGGAGACAAUCCAGCGCAAAAUCAAUAAGUAUGGGCUACUGCCCAAACUGGUGCGGUCUCUCCCCAAGAUCUCUACUUUGCUGACAAUACUGGGUGUGCUAUGGACCCUUAUGUUACCACUCGAUGGCCAGUUCCGGGCCACAUACAUUUCAGAAAAUGCCCUUAUGCCAUCACAGGCAUAUUCAUUCUUCAGAGAAUCGGAGUGGAAUUUUGUGAGAGGCUAUAGAGAUCAGAUCAUUGAGCACAUCGAUGAUCCAAUGGAAGACAGGCAUGAGAUGCUGUCUUCCUGGCUGAAGACUAUUGGCUACAAAACGUUUGAGCACGAGUCCCAUAAUGGUUCAAGGACUACAUAUGGAAUUUACCAUGUUCCAAAGGGGGAUGAUACCGAGGCAAUGGUGAUUGUGGCGCCUUGGACGACCAGCGACGGAGAGAAAAAUAUUGGUGGACUAGCCCUGACCAUGGGGCUAGUCCGCUACUUCCACAGACUGUCGAUCUGGUCGAAGAAUAUUAUCGUGGUGUUCCCAGAAGAUGGUCAGGAUACUCUGAGGAACUGGGUGGAUGCCUAUCAUACAGCAUUGGACGAAACAGGAGGAUCGAUGGAGAGUGCUAUUGUGAUUGAAUAUCCUUCUGAGAGCGAUGAGUUGGAUUAUAUCGAGGUGAACUACGUGGGCGUCAAUGGCCAGCUGCCAAAUUUGGAUCUCGUCAAUUGUGCUGUGAUGAUCAGUGAGCAUGAGGGCUUCAAGGUGUCGUUGCACAAUACACCAAAAGGCCAACUUUGGGCUAAUGAUUACCCCUCUCGACUCACCACGCUAUUGAAAGGUCUUUAUGCCAUUGCAACUGCUGGUCUGCUGCCUGAGUCAGGGGGAGGAAACGGCUGCGAGGCUUUCAGUGGAUGGAACGUUCAAACUUUAGCUUUCAAAGCCAAGGGCACAGAGGGACGCGAUAUCACGACCUUGGGAAGAGUCAUUGAGGCCUGUUUUAGGGCGGUCAAUAAUCUAUUGGAGAAGUUUCAUCAAUCGUUUUUCUUCUACCUGCUGCUUACUCCCAAUAAUUUUGUCUCCAUUGGAAACUACCUUCCAGCAGCAGUGCUAACCGCAGCAAGCUUUGUUAUAUCUUCACUUAGUGCGUUGCUCACAAAUAACAAUGUCAACAACAAGCAUAUCAGUUUCAACGAUGCCGCUGUCAGGGUAGAUACUCUUCCCUUAAUAUAUGGACUGUUGUUAUUCGCUACUGUCACCGUGGGCUCAAUAUUUUGCGGAACGAUGUUGAUGUGGUUUUCUUCAACCGUGUCCUUUGCAGACAAUAACAAACUGUACACUAUGCUGACUUGGGGGCUAAUUUUGACAUCCACUGCUGUGUCAACUCUUCCGUUGGUUCUCAGAUACAAAUUGCAACCGUCAGCGGCUAUCUCUCAAAUCGUGAGAAUAGCCAAUGGUUGCUCGCUAUUUUACCUCGCGUUUGCGCUGGUGAGCCUUCUCGUGCUAGAUUUCUCUCUCUCACUUCUCAUAUCCCUAGCAGCAUUCCCUCUUACCUUUAUUAGAUAUGGAGCUUUGAGUCAGAACCGCAAGAACAGCAUAUGGCUGAUUUUAUCAUCACCAUUUUUAUGGUUGACAAUUGUUGGAGUGGCCCACAAAUUGGAAUUCCAGCUGGAUGUUGUUAGAAACUUGAUCCAGUAUUUCUCCUUACCCUUACUUAAACGUGAACUGCAAACAAAAAUCUUCGACACUGACUGGCUCAACCCAGCCUUUAUUCAGAAUGUGCUACAAGGACCGGUAGAAUUAUUCUACGGUUUGCUCACUGGCUACAGGAGGUUCCAGACAUGGACAUGGAUGGUUAUUAGUUUUGCAUGGCUUCCUGUCUGGAUUAUGUCUCUCAUCAUCACCUGCAUUGAUGUGCAAAUUGGAGACUUUGAGAAGAAAAAAGUGAACUAG